UCUACUCCUGAAGAUAUAUAUAUAUUCGAAGAGCAUACAAAAACCAUUCUGAGGAGACAAAAAUGGAGAGAAAUUUUACGGUAUCCAAACGCCUUCUCUUCGAUCGUCGCUACGGUUGGGUGAUUGAUGAGUGGAAAGACCCUUCGGAAGAAGCUUUGGCCGGUGGCCGAGGAAUGUUCUGCAUAGUGCCUCUCGUGAAAAGUUUGGUUAACUCAGUCACACAGAUGGUUAAUGUUGCAGCAAUAUCCACAGUUAAAGCUGUUGAAAAUCCAGAGCUACUUUCACCUCAGGUACUACAAGCAGGUCUGCAGGAAAGGCUUGAGAAAUUCACGUCGUCCAUACAAAACUCACCAUUUCGCCUUGGCUUCCAGAAAGUUACUGCUCCUUCAGUUUCUACUUGUUCCUUGCAUCUUCUAGAUGAAAAAAUUGAUCACAGUUAGCUGAAUGAAUAUUGAUCCUUACUCACUUGAAACUUAAAAGUGAAUUGUCUUUGAGAAAAGAAAAAUGAAGAUGAUAUCAACAUGAAGGUGAAAGUAUCUCUAUA